UGACCGUUGUUUUCACUUUUUUGGUUACUGGUUUUAGACAAGUAUUAGUAAUUUCUUUUUCUUCAGCUAUUUGAUCAUGCGCUAGAAUUUGCAAUUAAGCAGGAGAGAGAGUAAAGAUGCAGCAACCAGGGCCAAUGUUUCCUGUCAUGCCAUCGUUUCCACCUACAAAUAUCACCACUGAGCAGAUUCAGAAGUACCUAGAUGAGAACAAGAAACUGAUAUUGGCUAUUCUGGAUAAUCAAAAUCUAGGCAAACUUGCUGAAUGUGCCCAGUACCAGGCUCAACUUCAAAAGAACCUGAUGUAUUUGGCUGCUAUAGCUGAUGCCCAACCUCAGACACCAGCAAUGCCUACACAGAUGACUCCUCAUCCUGCAAUGCAACAAGGAGGGUUUUACAUGCAGCAUCCUCAGGCUGCAGCCAUGGCUCAGCAGCAAGCCACGUUCCAGCCACGACCGCCCUUUAAUAGCCCACACCUAUUACAAGAUCCUCAGCAACAUCCAAAUAUCCAACACAGCCACCUGCAAGUCGGCCAAGGGCAACUGGCCAUGAGUUCCGUCGGUCCCAACAAUGGCAUGAAUCCCCAACAUAACGACGCCAAUCUCGGAGGGGCCAGCAGCAGUAUUCCCGCAUCAAAUUCGAACCUUACUGACAUCCGCGGGGUAAGUAGGCAAGAUAAACCUGAUAGUCGGAUUGCAGGUGGCUCUGAUGGCCAGGGAAACUCUACUGCAGUUCGUGGUGGUGGAGAUGCAGAGGAAGGCAAGUAAAGGGCGGCAUAAAAUAAAUGUAGCAUUCCGCUAUCUGGUUGUUGAUAAUAGGCUUCGUGUUGUAGAACUAGCAAAGUUUGUUCGACUAGGAAUAGUGUUUCUUUCUGCUCCGCGAGGCUGGGGUCUGUUGUAGUGACAAAGGCAGGAACGAAUGAAUGAACAGUUUUUCCAUUCUAGGUGGCCUCUUGUGAGUUGGGCUAAGAAGCCUGUGUUUGCAUGCUUAUUCUUAACAAAAGGAAGAAUAAUUGAAGAAAA